CAGGUCAUUUAUUCGAAAAGAUGGUUCUUUAUUUAAAUUCUGUUUUAUGCUUCCUGGUCAUACUACUGCAUCACUGGAUUGGGACAACUUUUUCCUUAAAUCUUGAAGAUCCAAAUGUGUGUAGCCAUUGGGAAAGUUAUUCAGUUACCGUUCAAGAAUCAUAUCCACAUCCUUUUGAUCAAAUUUACUACACCAGCUGUACUGACAUACUGAACUGGUUUAAAUGCACACGGCACAGAAUCAGUUAUCGCACUGCCUACAGACAUGGAGAAAAAACUAUGUAUAGGCGGAAAUCCCAGUGCUGUCCUGGGUUUUAUGAAAGCAGGGAAAUGUGUGUUCCUCACUGUGCUGAUAAAUGUGUCCAUGGACGUUGUAUUGCUCCAAACACCUGUCAGUGUGAGCCUGGCUGGGGGGGCCCCAACUGCUCUAGUGCAUGUGACAGUGACCACUGGGGACCCCACUGUAGUAGUCGUUGCCAGUGCAAAAACAAAGCCUUAUGCAACCCUAUCACUGGAGCCUGCCACUGUGCUUCAGGAUUCAAAGGCUGGCGCUGUGAAGAACGCUGUGACCAAGGGACAUAUGGAAAUGACUGCCACCAAAAGUGUCAGUGUCAAAAUGGAGCUACCUGUGAUCAUGUGACUGGAGAAUGCAGAUGCCCUCCUGGAUACACUGGGGCUUUCUGUGAGGAUCUUUGCCCCCCAGGCAAGCAUGGGCCGCAGUGUGAAGAAAGAUGUCCUUGCCAGAAUGGAGGAGUGUGUCACCAUGUGACUGGGGAAUGUGCCUGCCCACCUGGAUGGAUGGGCACAGUCUGUGGUCAGCCUUGUCCGGAGGGCCGUUAUGGAAAAAACUGUUCUCAGGAAUGUCAGUGCCACAAUGGAGGCAUGUGUGAUUCAGCGACAGGUCAAUGUCAUUGCAGUCCAGGUUACACAGGGGAAAGAUGCCAGGAUGAAUGCCCAGUGGGGACUUAUGGACUGCAAUGUGCAGAGACCUGCCAGUGCAUGAAUGGAGGGAAAUGCUAUCACAUUAGUGGCACCUGUCUGUGUGAGCAAGGAUAUACAGGAGAACACUGUGAAACAAGGCUUUGCACUGAUGGGGUCUAUGGUCUCAAGUGUGACAAAAAGUGUCCGUGUCACUUGCCCAAUACCAGAAGCUGUCACCCUAUGUCUGGAGAGUGCUCCUGCAAGCCUGGCUGGUCUGGACUCUACUGUAAUGAGACAUGUUCCCCUGGAUUCUAUGGUGAAUCUUGUCAACAGAUCUGCAGCUGCCAAAAUGGUGCUGACUGUGACAGUGUGACUGGAAAAUGCAUCUGUGCCCCAGGAUUUAAGGGUCCCAAUUGCGGUACUCCUUGCCCUCCAGGAACAUAUGGGGUAAACUGUUCCUCUGUGUGUAGCUGCAAAAAUGGAGCCCUCUGUUCUUCAGUAGAUGGUUCUUGUACUUGCAAAGCAGGUUGGCAUGGUGUGGAUUGUUCAAUAAACUGUCCCAGUGGCACAUGGGGUCUUGGCUGUAACAUUACUUGCCAGUGUCUUAAUGGAGGGGCAUGUAAUGCUUUGGAUGGAACAUGUACCUGUGCUCCAGGCUGGAGAGGGGAAAAAUGUGAACUUCCUUGCCAGGAUGGCACGUAUGGGAUGGAUUGUGCUGAACGCUGUGACUGCAGCCAUGCAGAUGGCUGUCAUCCAACCACUGGGUAUUGUCGCUGCCUCCCUGGAUGGUCAGGUAUACACUGUGACAGCGUGUGUGCUGAGGGACACUGGGGGCCGAACUGUUCAUUGUCCUGUUACUGCAAAAAUGGAGCUUCAUGCUCUCCAGAUGAAGGAAUCUGUGAAUGUGCACCAGGAUACAGAGGCACCACUUGUCAAAGAAUUUGUUCUCCUGGGUUUUAUGGACAUCGGUGUAGCCAGACCUGUCCCCAGUGUGUGCACAGCAGUGGCCCUUGCCAUCAUGUUACCGGACUUUGUGAUUGCUUACCAGGAUUCACAGGUGCCCUCUGCAAUGAAGUGUGUCCCAGUGGCAGAUUUGGCAAAAACUGUGUUGGCAUCUGUACAUGCACCAACAAUGGAACAUGUAAUCCCAUUGACAGAUCUUGUCAAUGUUACCCUGGUUGGAUUGGCAGUGAUUGCUCUCAGCCUUGCCCACCCUCUCAUUGGGGUCCAAACUGUAUUCACACAUGCAAUUGCCAUAAUGGAGCUUACUGCAGUGCCUAUGAUGGGGAGUGUAAAUGUACUCCAGGAUGGACUGGCCUCUAUUGUACACAGAGAUGUCCCUUGGGGUUUUAUGGGAAAGAUUGUGCAUUAAUAUGCCAGUGUCAGAAUGGAGCUGAUUGUGACCACAUAACGGGACAGUGUACAUGCCGCACAGGAUUCAUGGGCAAACAUUGUGAACAGAAAUGUCCCCAGGGUACAUAUGGUUACGGCUGCCGGCAAAUAUGCGACUGUCUGAAUAACUCAACUUGUGACCACAUCACAGGAACUUGCUAUUGCAGCCCAGGCUGGAAAGGAGCAAGGUGUGAUCAAGCUGGUGUAAUCAUAGUCGGAAACUUAAACAGUUUAAGCCGUACCAGUACUGCUAUCCCCGCAGACUCAUACCAGAUAGGGGCUAUAGCAGGCAUCAUUAUUCUUGUCCUUGUCAUCCUCUUCCUGCUAGCACUAUUCAUCAUUUAUAGACAGAAGCAGAAAGGGAAAGAAACAAAUAUGCCAGCAGUUACCUAUACACCUGCUAUGAGGGUCAUCAAUGCAGAUUACACCAUUUCAGAAACCAUUCCUCACAGUAAUGGUGGAAAUACUAAUAGUCACUACUUCUCCAACCCUAGCUAUCACACCCUAACACAGUGCACGACCCCAUCUCAUGUCAACAACAUGGACAGGAUGACUCUUGCAAAGACUAAAAACAACCAGCUCUUUGUGAAUCUUAAGAAUGUGGAACCUGGAAAGCGAGGUGCAGUUAUCGACUACGCGGGAACAUUGCCUGCUGAUUGGAAGCAUGGUGGCUACCUCAAUGAGCUCGGGGCUUUUGGACUUGACAGAGGAUAUCUGGGAAAAUCCCUGAAAGAUCUGGUGAAAAACUCAGAAUACAAUUUAAGUAACUGCUCACUAAGUAGCUCUGAAAAUCCAUAUGCUACCAUAAAAGAUCCACCAGUGCUGGUACCAAAAAACACAGAAUGUGGAUAUGUUGAAAUGAAGUCACCAGCACGCAGGGACUCGCCAUACACUGAGAUCAGCAACUCUGCUUCAGCCAACAAGAAUGUCUAUGAAGUUGAACCUACAGUGAGUGUCGUCCAGGGAACAUUCAGCAACAAUGGACCUUUCAGCCAAGAUCCGUAUGAUCUUCCGAAAAACAGCCACAUUCCAUGCCAUUAUGACUUGCUACCAGUUCGAGAUAGUCCAUCCACUUCUAAGAAAGAGAUCAGCAGUGAAUGACACUUAAAGGUCAUUGUGCAGAACAGUGGAACUCUUAAGGAGAACAGCAGCCUGCUUAUAUCCUCCUCCUAGUUUGCCAUCAGUUUGGCUCCUAAUCCAUUCAGUAGACAAUUUUUGUAUGUUAACCAAGAAUCUCAAGAUGAGGUUUGUAUACACACAUGGUCGAUGGAUAGAUGCCAAGUUGAGGAGGUACGGAUCAGAUUUUUAAUUAAAAUUAAUUUUAUAGAGACGCCAAUGCAGCACAUAUACAUUGUAAUAUACUGGCUUAAACACAGUAGUUUGCAGUACAGUUCUGAUAAUUCCUAUUUCUGCAACUUUGAAACUGGAAUACAUGUUUGUUGUUUGCUUUCUCAUGUUUCAAAGUAGAGAUGCCCCCAGGACAGUUCAACUGACCAAACACCUACCUUGUAUAGGUAAUCUGACUCAUCAUUACCUAUGAGAAAAAUGGUCUUGUUCUUAAAUUUCUUCACUUUGCAAUGUAUUGCAGUGGAUUGUCUUUCAUCAAGACACAAAGAGACGUGGUCUGAAGGUGUGUAUCGGUUGCAAUACUGCAACAAUUUGGAAGACUCAGCACAAGAUUUUUUUUAUGUCCAUAUUUUGCCAUGAAAAUACAAUGCCUGAGUAAUUUUAAAGGUGAUGAAAACACUGCAUGCAAUAAUGUUACUGCUAUGCCUUGAGAUCAGUGGAUACCCCACAUUUAUAGGUUUGGGCACCAAUCGGUCCCAGACAAUUGGGCACAUUUCAGUUACAUAUACUGUAGUUCCGACUACUCUUCCUGUCAUACACAAGUAAUAAUAGCAUAUCAGUAAUUAUUUCAUAAAUAUAUAAAUGAAAUCAGUUUAUUUUUGUCAGAAUGGACUGUGUGUGCAAGGAAUUGAUAAAAAUGAUGAGUGUUAUGAAUCUGAAAUCAAGGAAAGGUUUAAAUUUUAUAAACAGGUAGUAAAUGGGCUGUAAUAUAGGGUAAGAAUAGUACAAUGUUUUGAUUAAUUUUCCCCUAGAAAUGAUGGAACAAUCUCUGCAUAUUUGCUAAAAAGGCACCUUUUCUUUUUCAUAGCUGAUGUCGGGAAAAUAUGCUUAAGCUGGUCUUUUGCAUUGCUAAUAACGUAUACCCCAUUUUUCAUUAACUUGUAUCUCCGCUUUAAAUUGUGUAUCUAUGUUUCUAGUGUUCUAGUUUAUAACUGCAAAAAUAUUCUCUUGUGUAUCCAGGGUUUCUUGCAUUUUUUACCAACUGACCUUUAUUUUUCUGUUUAAGGAGUACUGUCCUUUGGGGAGAGAGCAUAAAAAUGAGAUUUAAUAUAAUACUAAAGUCCACCGAUGAUGGAUUAACCAAGCUGAAGUGUAAUGUAUAUGGAUGGAAUGAAUUGGCCAAAAAGAGAGAAUAUUUUAAGGUGUUUUCUUUGAGGGCUAAUAAUUAUGACAAGAAUGCAAAAUAAGUUGGCACAGAUGGGAAAGAAAAUGGAAGACUUCACUUAGAAAUAAGGUCACUUCUUUGCCCUACCAUAUGGAACCUGAAGGCAUUCUCUCCCCUCCAGCUCCCAAAUAUAGUCAAUCCAUGGUCAAGACCUCAUGUAUUCUGCAAUUAAGUGGAAGUAGGGUUUCCAAGGAUCUGCCCCUUUAAUCAGAAUUGUGUUUCAUUAAUUUUUAAUUGUGGAAGCUGAUGCAGUGCUGGCUCCAUGAAGCUGUAGACUGCUUGAAGCAAUAGCUGUACAUGGUCUGGCCUGCCCAUUUUGUCUCAAUGGGAUGUUUAAAUUUAGAAACUAAAUAGGACAGUUUAAAUGUCAGUAUUAGUAAUGAUCCCACUGCAACCAUGUUAGUGAAGCCUCCUGCUAAUGUCCUUAUCCCAUAAUCCUAAACAGCCUCUCACACCUUCCCAAAGUAGUGACUCUGUAUCCUGACACAAGUUGAUGAUAGGAGGUCACAGCCUUUGAAUGCUUUAGAACUGUAUGGUAUGCUAGGUCAAGGAUUUUGAUAUUUGUGUGCUCUCCAAUCAGUACAAUAGGUGAAGACUGGUUUACUUUAGAGUCAAAGAAUUGCUGACAUCAUAACAGCAUCAAUACGUUCCCUAGAGUCACAGCUAGCAGCAUUUUGUACAGUAGAUAGUAUACAGAGCCUCAGCAGUAAGAAAAUGGGUAAUAAUGUCUGGAGUUCAAGCGACAGUAGUCACGUUUACCAUUGUCAUUACAGUGGUGACAGAUUAGAGCUCUUUAAUGACAUUACCCAUAGCUGGGCUCAGGCCGUGCGACAUGGUUGGCUGUAUGGAAUGCCCCUUCACAUAACUUUCUCUCUUCAUUCAGAAGUAUUGGCUGCUUUGCAGACAUACUUAGAGCUCCCUGGGCAAUUCUUGCACAUUCUUGUAAAAGCUGUUUGACCAGAUCAGGACCUCAGAAAUGUAAAAAUUAACAGUGAGUUUACAGAAGUCAAGUAGCACUCGACACCAAGUGGAAGACAUUCACCUGGUUGAAUUUGUGUGUGAAUAGGUGCAUGUAGCGCUGUGGUAUACAUGUUUGUAUUGUGUGACCCAGACUUAAAAAUAAAGCUGUUCUUCUCUAAAACUGUGAAUAGAAAAUGCAAUAUUUUGCAACUGGGAAGUUAUGAUAACUGUCGUCUUUUGCUGGUUACAUAAAUUGGAUCUGAUGACCGAUAGAACAGCUUUUCUUUGAAACAUAACUACAGAAACUCAGAUCUACUCUGUGUAAUACACAGGUGGUAAAGAACAAAGAGAACCACUUUUAAUGUGAUUAAAAGUUACAAAUGUGAUGCAGAGCCUCAAAUAUGUAUUCAGCCUAAUUCUCACAAAAACAAAUAUGGCUCUGGAGUUCCAGUAAUAGUAAAAAAUAAAUAAAUAAAUAAAUAAAUUAUCCCUACUUAUUCCAGAUCUAUAUUUGCCCU